AUGAAGGAGGCCUAUGGGGGGGACGGGUCAGUGAAAAUGACCCUGACCAUCCUGAGGAAGAUGAACCUCAACAAUCUUGCAGACAAACUAGAAGAGAGGGAUGCUGCAGAAUCAGGAGAGAAAGAUGAUGUAAUUGUACAGAAAAUCAAAGAAAAACACAAAAAGUGGAUGAUGAAGAAGUUUGACAGGAUAUAUGAGUGUAUUGAAGAUGGGAAGAACAAAUCACUCCUGAAUGAGACCUACGUAGAGCUCUACAUCACAGAGGGCGAGAAUGAAGGCGUCAACACUCAACAUGAGGUUCGCAGGAUUGAAACACAAUCAAAAUGUCCAAGGCCAAACAAAGACAAAAUCAACUCUAAUGACAUCUUUGAGUGUUCAUCGGAAUCUGAAAAAAUCCGAACUGUGAUGACCACAGGCAUUGCUGGUAUAGGAAAAUCUAUAUGUGUGCAGAAGUUCAUUCUGGACUGGGCAGACGGAACGGCCCAUCAGGAUAUUGAUUUCAUAUUUGCACUUCCAUUCCGACAGUUAAACUUUAAACAGAAACCGGGUGAUUCAUACUCUCUUCGCAAACUCCUCAUUGAAUUGCAUCACCUAAAUGAAAAGGACAUAAAUAUACGUAUGCUUGAGAAGCUGAAGAUCAUAAUCAUCUUUGAUGGUCUUGAUGAGCGCAAAAUCCCCCUUACUGUAGAAGAAAGCGAAGACAGAUUUGAUCCCCUGAAGAGUGCAUCAGUGGAUGUGUUGAUAACUCACCUCAUCAAAGGCAAUCUUCUGUCUAAUGCGCUUAUUUGGAUAACCUCCCGGCCAGCAGCUGUCAAACAGAUCCCUCGUAAAUACAUAGACAGGUGGACAGAAGUACAAGGAUUCAAUGACCAACAGAAGGAUGAAUACUUCAAGAAGAAGAUUGAGGAUCCAGAAAAAGCAGACAUAGCCAUCGCUCACAUUAAAAGGUCAAAGAGCCUCUACAUCAUGUGCCACAUCCCUGUCUUCUGUUGGAUCUUAGUCAAUGUGUUUCUGAACAUGAUCCGUCAAACCAGCACAAUCCACUUGCCUAACACACUGACUGAGGUCUAUAUCAGUUUUCUGCUCACUGAGACAAUACGGAAGGGCCAGAGAUAUGGCAAGGGCUUUGAAAGAGAUGAUAAAAAAUGCUUGGAGUUUAAUAGAGCAGCUAUUUUAAAAUUAUCUGAAUUAGCAUAUGAAGAACUAGAGAAAGGUAACAUCAUAUUUUAUGAAGAGAGUUUGACAGCGUGCGGAAUCACUGAAAAUGACAUUACAUUGUACUCUGGUAUGUGUUCUGAGUUCUUCAAGACUGAGAAUUCUGGCAGCCGUAAAGUUUAUUGCUUUAUGCAUCUGAGCAUUCAGGAGUUCCUGGCUGCUUUAUUUGUGUUUCACUCCUUUCUGAAUAAGAACAUACAAACCCUCAGACAUUUUACCCCACAAAUAUCUGCCUUUAGAGCAAUACCAAAAAAGCUGAGUAGGUUAUUUAAGAGGGGUCCUUCACACCUUUCGAUGACUGAUUUGUUAAGAAGUGCAAUAGAUAAAUCCAUGCAGAGAGAAGAUGGACAUCUGGACCUUUUCCUUCGCUUCCUCUUGGGCAUAUCACUGGAGUCCAACCAGGAACGCCUACAAGGCCUUCUGACACACACAGAGAGCAGCUCAGACAGCCUAAAGGAAACAGCCAAGUAUAUCAGAAAAAUUCUGAGUGAGGACACAAAAGUCCCAGAAAGAUGCAUGAAUCUGUUACUCUGUUUGUUGGAGAUGAAGGACAACUCCCUUCAACAGGAGAUUCAGCAGUACAUAGACUCUGGAGAAGAGCUCUCACCUACCCAAUGUUCAAGACUAGCCUACAUACUUCUAGUGUCGGAGGAAACACUGGAUGAGUUUGACCUGACAAAGUACAAGACAACAAGUCAGGGUCUUAAGAGACUGCUUGUGGUCCUGAGGGUUUGUAGGAAAGCACGAUUGGUUGGUUGUGAUCUCCAAGAGGAUUCCUGUGAGGCCAUAGCAUCUGUUCUUCAGUCAGAAAACUCCCAGUUGAAAGAGCUGGACCUGAGCUCUAGUCCCCUGAGGGAUUCUGAAGUGAGGUUGCUGUCAGUUGGGCUGGAGCAUACUAACUGCAAGCUGGAAACAAUGAGAUUUGCUGACUGUAAACUCACAGAUAAAUCUUGUGAGAUUGUUACUUCAGUUCUACAAUCACCAAACUCACUGCUACAGCUGGACUUGAGUCACAAUGAUCUGGGAGAUUCUGGAGUUCAGCUUCUCUCUAAAGGACUGUCCAGUUUUAACUGCAAAAUACACACAUUGAGAACUGACCAUGCUUUAGAGCAUGCCUUAGACAGAGCACGACCACGUUUGCUGAGAUAUGCCUGUGAUCUCACACUGGACCCAAACACAGCACACAGAGAACUCUCUCUCUCUGAGGGGAACAGAAAGGUGACACAUAUGAGAGAAGAGCAGCCGUAUCCUGAACACCCAGAGAGAUUUGACUACGGGACUACUUGGUUAGUUUCUCCCCAGGUGUUGUGUAGAGAGGGUCUGAAUGGACGCUGCUACUGGGAGGCUGAGUGGAGUUAUGAAGGAGCUGAAUAUAAAUAUAAUAAUGGAGGAAGAGCUAUAUCUGUGGCCUAUAAAAGCAUCAAGAGGAAAGGGGGGGGUGGUGACGUCAUAAUGGGACGGAAUGCCAAGUCCUGGAGUCUGGACUGCUCUCAUAACAGAUACUCUGUCUGCCACAAUAAUAAACGCACUGACAUAGAUGCUCCCUCCAAAAGAGUAGGAGUGUACCUGGACUGGCCGGCCGGCACUCUGUCCUUCUACAGGGUCUUUGCUGAUACACUUGCCCAUCUGCACACAUUCCACUCCACAUUCACUGAGCCCCUCUAUCCAGGGUUUUGGGUUGGUAAUAACUCCUCAGUGUCCCUGUGCCAG